AUGCCAAUCACAAAUAUCUAUAUUUCAAAGGGGUCAAAAACAUACCAUGGCUGGUAUGCACAUCCAAUACUAUAUGAAAUAACCAUUAAAGAGUUUUUUGAUAAACUCAUUAUAGGUGAAAUAUCUCCAGGGUGUGAUAUUUUCGUAAGCUUCUCCGAAACAAUCGAUCAUAUUGAAUUAAGCCAAAUGUUAGAUGCAGGUGCAACAACCAUUCAAGCUAGCCCUCAUUGUGAAAUAAUAGAAUCAACUAAAGCAUUUGGUUUAAACAUACACUAUCAUCUUAAAACUAGUGAUAUCAUAAUCUCUUAUUUAGCAUUGUAUCAAAAUGCACUAGAAAUUCUUAUGCAAACUCAAAAAAAAUUUUUUGCCAGGCCCCUUGCAAUAUAA